UCUCUCUUGAGGCUAUUCACACACCAUGGGUGAAACAUCAACGUUAACACGGAGGAAAAGCCUGCCGACAAAUAGUCCGGAUGAACCGGAAAAGCAAGACAUUAUUCCUGCGCCGACAGAAGAUCCAGAUGAAAGACAAAAAGGAGAAUGCAACCCAGUGAAAUCCGCAAGAGAGGCACAGCAGCCUAACCUCCAACCACCGCAGAAUGAUCUCUCUCUUCCUCCGCCAAAGACAUGGCGCUUCUGGGCCGUGUUCCCUGCACUGUGCAUGACAACCUUCCUCGCAGCCCUCGACACGUCCAUUCUCUCCACCGCCCUCCCGACCAUUGCCCUCGAUCUCCACGCCGGAAACCUGUACAUGUGGAUAACUAACUCCUACAUCCUGUCCUCAACGGUGGUGCUCCCGCUCUUCGGGCAGAUGGCGAAUAUCUUCGGCCGACGAUGGAUGAUGAUCAGCUCGGUGGUUAUCUUUGCAGUCGGAAGUGCCAUGGCCGGGGGUGCAAACAAUGUUGGUGCCAUCAUUGCCGGACGAACAGUGCAGGGGAUCGGGGGCGGUGGUAUCAAUACUCUGGUGGAUGUGGUCAUCUGCGACCUGGUGCCCCUCCGCCAGCGAGGGAAAUAUGUCGCGCUCAUGGCGUCGGUAUGGGCGGUAGGGACAACAAUCGGGCCAGUCCUGGGGGGUGUAUUGGCUCAGUACGUUUCGUGGAGAUGGGUGUUUCUGAUUAAUCUGCCACUGUGUGCGGUGUCGCUGCUCCUGCUCGUGCUGUUCCUGCGUGUCACACAUCCACGUAGCCCCGGGACCAUCUGGCAGCAGCUCCAAAGGGUGGACGUGGUGGGCAAUACAAUUCUUACGAUGGCAGUUGUCGCAAUCUUGCUCGCUCUGACCUGGGCAGGGACUGCAUAUCCCUGGUCUUCGGGGCGUGUUCUUGUUCCACUUUUCUUAGGGCUCGCAGGGCUAGUUCUCUUCUACGGUCAUCAGAAUUCACGAUUCUGCCCCGAACCAUCCCUUCCACUUCCCUUGUUCUCUAGCGCGACUGCUCUAUGUGCGCUCUGGAUCUCGUUCCUCCAAAACCUCUUGCUAUACUGGGUUGGAUAUUUCCUACCCAUCUACUUCCAGGCCAUCCGCAGUCUAACCGCCACCGAAUCCGGAGUUCACGUCCUUCCCAUCACCGGGGCCAUUGCCCCCUUCGGCGUGAUAACGGGUAUUCUCAUCGCCGUGACGGGAAAAUACCGAGUCUUCCACUUCGUGGGGUACACCUGCUUGACAGCCGGCAGCGGACUGCUCGCCCUUCUCAACAGACAUUCCCCGGCGCGCGACUGGGCCGGUUUCCAGGUCCUCUUUGGUGUCGGCUCUGGGAUGAUAUUUUCCAGCACUCUGCCGCCCAUCCAAGCCACUCUGCCGGAAUCCGAUGUGGCUACGGCCACAGCUACCUGGGCAUUCGUGCGCAGCUUCGGAUGUAUCUGGGGGAUUGCCAUUCCCACGACUAUUUUCAAUACGCGGGUUCAGGCGCUGCUGUAUCGCGUUAGUAGCCAGGCUUUGCGGGAGAAGCUCGCUAAUGGGGGUGCGUAUGCACUCGCUAGUGACGGGCUCAUGCGCACGCUCAGUGAUACUCCCGGCCUGGAGGCGGAAGUGCUGGGGGUUUAUGAGGAGAGCUUGAGGUGGGUGUGGUGGAUGGCGAUUCCGUUUGGGGUUGUUGGGUUGAUUCUUUCGAUUCCGAUUAAGCAGCUUGUGUUGAGUGAGGAGUUGCAUACGGAGUUUGGGUUGCAAGAAGUGUCAAGGGCGGAGCAGUGACAUGCUGUAGGUACCUUGAUAAUGUCUCGGCUGAUUUAAUGGGAAUGAUGGGUAUACUAUCUAGGUCUAAAAAUGUCUGGGC